AGAGAGAACCCAGAAACGAAGAAAGCGAGCACGAGAGAGAAAUUCUAGAGAGAGAAAGGGCGCGAAAAGAGAAAAAAAAAAUCUAGAGAGAGGAAGCCAGAUCUCUUUUCGAUCCCAAUUGAAUCGAUCUCGAUUCUGGUUUUGUUCAGCAUGAGCAUCGAGAGUCCUGGCUGGAGAGCGAGGAGCUAGGGUUUUGAGCGCGAGGACUAGGGUUUCCAUUCCAUGGGCGAUGGAGGAGUUACGCUGGCGCCGUCACAGCAUGUCAUGGACAGCGUAUUCUCUUCAAAGAAGCCUGUGAUGAUGAGGAAAGGCGAAGGUAAUUGUGAUAAAGGCCGGAGCUCGGACGAGAAAGCGAGAGGUAGAGAGCUGGAGAGGAGAAAGAAGGGAGAUUUGGAGAAGGGUGAGCUGCAGAAUGGUGAAUUGGAGCUCGGAGAGUUCAUUCCUGAGAAAGGGGAUUCAUUGCCUGAUAACAAGUGGAAGAAGAACAAGAAAUGGGAACUGGAGAAGGGCGAGUUUGUGCUCGAGAGGAAAGGAGAGGUGAGUUCAGAACGAUGGGGGAAGUGGGAAGUUGAGAAGAAAGGCGACCGAGGUCGAAAACUUGAGCUUGAGAACAAGGGACUGCAUGGUUGGGGGAAAUGGGAUGCAGAGAAGAAAGGCGAUGAAGCUGACAAAUGGUCUGGUAGAGGAAGGAGGAUGGAAUUGGAGAAGGGUGAGUUUGUUCCGGAGAAUAGCUAUCGGAACAAAGGAGAAGGAGAGAGAUUGGAUUUUGGGUUGGGUAGAAAUAGGAAGAUUGAACUAGAGAAGGGCGAGUUUGUUCCGGAGAACAGUAGUUUUAGAAGGAAGGAAGGAUCUUGGGGUGAAGCUGACAACAGGAAGAGGUCUUUUUCUUCAAACUGCGAAUCAAAGAAGUCCUCUCGAGCUCCUGAAGAAGAACCAGGUGAGUUUAAAUAUGAAUCCAGUAAUGGGAAGGGCAGAGAUAAGGAGUACUACUCUGAGAGCUGGCCAAAAAGGCAUUGCAUGGAGCCAGAGAGCAGCGGGAGGAAGUACCCUUCACAGAUCACCAAGAAUCGAAGGAAGCCUGAAGUGGAUAACCCAACUCGCGCAAGUUACAGUGAGAGGGCACAUGGGAAUCCACCACCUUUUUCAUCAUCAAGAGUUUCUUUGUCCGUUAGGCAUCCUUCUGCUUCUAGGCCAUCACAUGAUAAGCAAAGACACCGUGAUCACAGGGACCAUACUCCAACUCACUCUGAAAGGUCUCCGAUUGAAAGAGGUCGCUAUCAUGAUCGUAGGGAUCGUAGUCCAGCUCAACCAGAAAGAUCUCCGAUGGAAAGAACUCCGAUGGAAAGAACUCGUCAUUAUGAUAUGAGGGAUCGUAGUCCAGCUCACCCUGAAAGAUCGCCGAUGGAAAGAGUUAGGCCUCAUGAUUACCGGGAUCAGAGGGACCGUACUCCAAGUCACUCUGAUAGAGCUCCCUUGGAUAAAGCUCGACAUCAUGACCACAGGGAUCGUACUCCAAAUCACUUGGAUCGGUCUCCCUUAGAAAGAACUCGGUAUUACGAUUACAGGGAGCGGUCCCCACAUGAUCGGGGGCGUGCUGUUGAUCAUCGAGACAAGAGCAGAAAGAGUGGAGGGAGUGAGAAGCAGCAAAUUAGUAGGUACGAGGAAAGGCAUGGAAGAAGAGAUUCUGGGGGGAGAGAUACUUUUAAGAAUGGUUCACUUAGGCAAGUUACUAAUAGCAGUAGUCCUAUUACCAGUUUUGAGAGAAGUGGUUCUGAUGAUAAGUCUAGCAGGAAAAAAAAUUCAUUUGAGUCUGCUAAGGAGCCUAGUGAACUUCCACCACCUCCUCCCUCGCCUCCGCCACCACCUCCUCCUGAGCUACCCCCUCCUCCCCUUCCACCACAACCGGAGAGUAAUGGUGUUCUUGAUGAACUGCCUUCUAUGGAAGAGGAUAUGGAUAUAUGUGACACUCCUCCACAUGAUACAAUACCGGUUGAUACAAAACCAGGUAAAUGGUUUUAUCUGGAUUACUGGGGUGCUGAGCAAGGCCCAUCCAAAUUAGAUGAUCUCAAAAGGCUCAUGGAAGAAGGACUCCUUCAGACUGAUCAUUUGAUUAAGCACUGUGAUAGUGACCGGUGGGUAACUGUUGAAAAUGCCACUUCUCCUUUGGUGCAGUUGGAUUUUCCCUCCAUUGUUUCGGAUGCUGUAACUAAGAUGGUAAGCCCUCCGGAGGCUCCAGGGAAUGCGCUAAGUGAUACUGGAGAUGUUAGUAUGGACUCACCCUCACCUUUGGUUCAGGAGGAGUUGGGACAUGAUGAUGAACCAGUUGCAGUGGAAUUCAAUGAAGAAUUUCACAUUAAUGAGAGGGUUGAUAUUUUGUUAGAUGGUUAUAACUUGGUAGAUGGCAAAGAGCUUGAAAUAAUUGGAGAAGUGCUGAAUGCUACUUUUGAGCCUGCGGACUGGGAGAAUUGGGAUUAUUCUGAAGAUUUUACAAGAUCAAGACCUCGAAAUCUGGAGUCUACGGGGAAUCUAAGAGAUGAGGGACUUAGUAGAGCUCAUGAAGGCUUCCCAAGAGAAAUUAAUGAAAUCCGACCUGUUGCCUCUCUUGAGGAAUAUGCCAUUCUCAACAGCACUUCUAGUGAUUGGUUUUCUGGCAGGUGGUCUUGCAAGGGUGGUGAUUGGAAGAGAAAUGACGAAUCUGGUCAUGAUAGAUCUUCAAAGAAAAAGAUUGUCCUCAAUCAUGGGUACCCUCUUUGUCAAAUGCCGAAGUGUGGGGAUGACGAUCCUCGAUGGCACCGAAGGGAUGAUUUGUACUAUCCUUCACGAACUAGAAAGCUUGAACUACCACCUUGGGCCUUCUCUUUGUCAGAAGACAACAGCGAUACUAGCAAUGACAUCGAUAGAAACACAGCUUCACGCCAAUUGAAGCCUCCAAUUCCUCGUGGUGUAAAAGGAACGAGCCUCCCAGUGGUUCGGAUAAAUGCCUGCGUAGUUAGGGAUCACGGUUCAGUUGAAUCUCACUCAAAACUGAAGGGAGAUCGACACAGCCAAAGGUCUGUUAGGUCACACAGCUAUAGGAGUUCAUCUGUAGAGGGGUCUUCUUCUCAUUCGAAGAAGUCUUCUGAACUCGACUUUCAAAGUCUCCACAAGUGCAGGACCGUCCUUAGCAUACCCAAAGAUCAUGUUUGUACUGUUGAUGAACUGGCAUUAGAUCUUGGUGAUUGGUAUUAUCUGGAUGGUGCCGGCCAUGAACAUGGUCCAUCAUCUUAUUCAGAGUUGCAACAUUUAGCUGCUAGAGGUACUAUUAUGCAAAAUAGCAGUGUAUUUAGGAAGGUUGAUAAUACAUGGAUUCCAGUUGCUGUGUCUGAAGCUGCCAAUUCAAGAGAGGAAGUGGUGCACAGAGAUGGUGAUUCUACUGCUGCUUCCGACCAGAUGGCCAGGUCAUCUUGUUCUUUCCAUGACUUGCACCCUCAAUUUAUUGGCUACAUGCGUGGUAAGCUGCAUGAGCUUGUCAUGAAAUCCUACAAAAACCGAGAAUUCGCUGCAUCUAUAAAUGAGGUUCUGGAUCCAUGGAUUACUGAAAAACAGGCGAAGCUGGAAAUGGAUAAACACUUUGCAUUUAAUUCCUCAAUCACUAAGAGUUCUGGCAUUCUUGCUCAUGGUUUGAAAUCAGAUGACAAUUAUCGAGCUGGAAAAAGAGCUCGCUUGUUGUUUGAUGAGAGUGAUGGAGAUUCCGAAAUGGAAGGGAAGGGUGAUCCUUCCUUUGAUGACCUAUGUGGUGAAGUUACCUUUGUUGAUGGUAAUUCUGCAAGUCCUGACGUAGGGAACAAGAACUGGGGUCUAUUAAAUGGUCAUAUACUAGCAAGGGUCUUCCACUUUAUUCGGUCUGACAUGAAGUCACUCGUUUCUUCUGCUGCUACUUGUAAACGCUGGAAUUUGGCAGCCAAGUUCUACAGGAAUUUAUGCACUCAAGUUGAUCUGUCAUCUGUUGGUCCCAUCUGUACUGAUUCUAUGUUUCGAAAUAUCAUGGAUGGUUAUGACAGGAAAAGGUUAAUUUCUCUUACAUUAACUGGCUGCUCAAAUGUUAGUGCUUCUGUACUUGAAGAAAUACUCCACCUUUUUCCUUGCAUAUGUUCACUUGACAUCCGAGGAUGCAGUCAGUUCAAAGAACUACUGCCCAAAUUUCAGAAUGUGAAGUGGAGAAAGAGUUCUUUAUACGACUACAUGAAUUCUGAGGAAUCAUAUCCAAAAAUAAAGAGUCUCAAGCAGAUAACUAAUGAUGAGUCUACGUUGGGGGAUCGAAAGGAUUCUUCUAGUCAUCCAUUCAGGCAAGGUGUUUACAAGCGAGCUAAGCCAUUUGAUGCUCGAAAAUCCUCAGAAGUUAUGUCUAGAGAUGCACAGAUGAAGCGGUGGUUGCAUAGGAAAUCUGAGAAUGGAUACAGAAAGAUGGAAAAGUUUAUUGCGGUCAGUUUGAAGGACAUCAUGAAGGAGAACACAUUUGAAUUUUUCAUUACUAAAGUUGCUCAAAUUGAAGAUAGGAUGAGAAAUGGUUAUUACAUUCGUCAUGGCUUGGGUUCUGUCAAGGACGACAUCAGCCGGAUGUGCCGAGAUGCAAUUAAAGCAAAAAACCGCGGCAAUGCUAAAGAGAUGAAGCACAUCAUUAUGUUAUUCAUCCGGUUGGCUAAGAACUUGGAGGGGAGUCCAGAACUACCAAAUGAAAGAGACGAGAUGGUCAAGAGUAGUUCAGAAUCUGGAUUUUAUUCAUCCACGCCCAGAUACAAAAAGAAGCAAAACAAAGUGUUAGAAAAGAAGGGCAUGAAUAGGACCAACAGCACUUCCUAUUUCAAUGGUGGAACAGAUUCACUUGACCGCGAAAUUAAGAAGAGUCUGUCGAAACUGAAGAAAAGACAAGUGUGUUCUGAUAGUGAGACAUCUGACGACCAUGAAAAUGAUUUUUGGGAAGAAGAUGAUAGAGGUGAAGGUGAGACUACUGCGUCGGAUACCGAAAGUGACUUGGACAUUCGUUCAGGAAGUGGAGCAGGGGACAUUAAAGGAAAUAUGUAUUCCAUGGUGGAUGACUCCUCCGAUUCUAUUAGUGACGAUCGUGAAUGGGGUGCUCGCAUGACAAAAGCAAGCCUUGUUCCCCCUGUCACUAGGAAGUAUGAGGUCAUUGACAGUUAUCUUGUCAUAGCAGAUGAGGACGAAGUAAAGCGGAAGAUGCGGGUUGCUUUGCCUGAUGAUUAUUCUGAAAAAUUGCUUGCACAAAAAAGUGGUCUGGAGGAAUCUGAUAUGGAAAUCCCUGAGGUGAAGGAAUACAAACCUAGAAAAUUGCUUGGAGUAGAAGUCUUGGAACAAGAAGUGUAUGGGAUAGACCCUUACACGCAUAAUCUUCUUCUAGACUCUAUGCCAGAGGAACCAGAAUGGCUGCUUGGGGAUAAACAUAAGUUCAUUGAAGAGGUGCUUUUGCGUGCUUUGAACAAGCAAGUUCGGCACUUUACUGGUUCUGGAAACACUCCUAUGGUAUAUCGUUUACGUCCUGUUGUCGAAGAAGUCCUGAAGAAUGCGGAGGAUGAGGGUGAUAGACGCAUUAUGAGAUUGUGUCAGUCUAUCUUGAAAGCUAUGCAGAGUCGUCCUGAUGACAAUUAUGUUGCUUAUAGAAAGGGGCUUGGAGUCGUUUGCAACAAAGAAGGUGGCUUUGGUACAGAUGAUUUUGUUGUUGAGUUCUUGGGAGAGGUUUAUCCAGCGUGGAAAUGGUUUGAAAAGCAGGAUGGAAUUAGAUCUUUGCAAAAGAAUAACCAAGAUCCAGCACCUGAAUUCUACAACAUUUAUCUUGAAAGGCCAAAGGGUGACCGUGAUGGAUAUGAUCUCGUUGUUGUUGAUGCUAUGCACAAGGCAAACUAUGCAAGCAGAAUCUGUCACUCUUGCCGACCAAAUUGUGAAGCAAAAGUAACGGCUGUUGAUGGUCAGUACCAGAUUGGAAUUUAUACUGUACGACCUAUUGGCUAUGGUGAAGAGGUCACUUUUGAUUAUAACUCUGUAACAGAGAGUAAGGAAGAGUAUGAGGCAUCAGUUUGUUUAUGUGGCAGCCAAAUUUGCAGGGGCAGCUAUCUGAACUUGACUGGUGAAGAUGCAUUUCAUAAGGUGUUGAAGGAGUGUCAUGGGAUAUUGGACCGUCAUAAACUGAUGCUGGAGGCUUGUGAAGCCAACUUCGUUUCAGAAGAGGACUAUAUUGACUUGGGAAAGGCUGGCCUCGGCACGUGUUUGCUUUCUGGACUUCCUGAUUGGCUGGUUGCCUACUCAGCCCGUCUGGUGAGGUUUAUAAAUUUGGAGAGAACAAAGCUUCCUGAGGCGAUUCUAAAGCAUAACAUGGAAGAAAAGAGGAAAUAUCUUGCAGAAAUUUGUAUUGAGGAUGAAAGAAGUGAAUCAGAAGUGCAGGCUGAGGGUGUAUACAAUUCAAGGCUUCAGAAUAUGGCACUUACUCUUGACAAGGUAAGGUAUGUCAUGAGGCGUGUAUUCGGGGACCCUAAGCAAGCUCCACCACCAUUAGAGAAGCUCAGUUCUGAAGACUUAGUUUUUGUUCUUUGGAAAGGCAAGGGCUCACUGGUAGAGGAGCUUCUUCAGUCGAUGGCCCCUCAUAUGGAAGUGAACCUACUAAAUGAUCUAAAGUCCAAGAUUCGUGCCCAUGAUCCAUCAGAUUCUGACACUGGCCACAGUGAAUUACGCAAGUCUUUAUUAUGGUUGAGGGAUGAGCUGAGAAACCUUCCAUGUACAUCAAAGUGCCGGCAUGAUGCCGCUGCUGACUUGAUCCAUAUAUAUGCCUACACGAAAUGCUUUUACAAAAUCAGGGAGUACAAGACUGUUACAUCUCCCCCUGUUUACAUUAGUCCUCUCGACCUUGGUCCCAAGUAUGCUGAUAAGAUGGGCCCAGGCUUCCAAGAAUAUUGCAAGACUUACGGCGAAAACUAUUGUUUAGGCCAGCUCAUUUAUUGGCAUAGUCAGACCAAUGCAGACCCUGAUUGUAGAUUAACAAGAGCUAGGAAGGGUUGCUUGUCACUCCCCGAUGUUUCCUCCUUUUAUGGGAAGUCUCAGAAGCCAGUGCAUGAACGCGUCUAUGAUUCAAGAACGUUGAGAUUCAUGAUGGCCAGAAUGGAGAAACAACCUCAGAGACCGUGGCCCAAGGACCGGAUAUGGGUGUUCAAGAAUGAUCGAAGAUUCAUUGGGAGUCCGAUGUUGGACGCUGUGAUAGAUAAGUGUCCUUUGGACAAGGAGAUGUUGCAUUGGCUCAAGACCAGGCAUAAUGUAUACAAUGGUUUGUGGGAUGAGUGAUCAAUAAAACAUUCUCUUUGGCGAAUCCACACGCCUAUUUCAGUCUCGUGGGAGUUCAUGACCAGGCUAGCUCUCAUUGCCUUUACGCAGAGAUCCCCUGUUUUGAACUGUGGGGGAGUCUGGUAUAAUUAUUUGUAGAACAGCAGCGUUGACCCGGUCCGUCUCCUUGUACAGAUCCCAUCAUUGUAAUUUGUAUUCAUUAGUUGGCCGUAGAGAGAUCAUUGGUUUUAAAGGGAAGAUUAUAGCUAGUCUUUCUAGGGUUUAGUUCUUCAUGAUGUCUAAGGUUGUUUUUUUUCUGUACAAUCUAUAAUUCAUCUGGUUAGAUGGUUGUAAUCAUAUUCAGGUUUCUUCUUAUUGAGGGUUGUCCAAUUCCGAGCUCGUAGAAGAUUAUCCUUCCAUAAAUUAUUGCCUGUAACCUCAGAUUUCUCAGAGAAAAAAACCCUCAGCUUCCUUCUUGGGUGUA